GCCACCCACCUAUACUGCAUCCACCACUAAAGAUCUGAGCGCCCUUCUGUUCAUCUUCAGCAACAAUCGUUAUCCCCCCGUAGAUUCCCAGUGAUCAUGCACAUCGCCCAAGCCCAUGUCGACAAGGCUAUAGAACAAAUUCAGCAUAAGGGGCCUGCGCCAGAUAUUGAUUUCACCCAACACGUCCUCGAAGACGGCAACACGAUCAGCACACAAGAACGAGUCGUUAAAGAUGUCCAGGCACCAGCUAUGGGUAUACCAACAGAGGCGCAAUUCUUUUCACGGCAGGAUCCAAACAAACCUGAUAUAGCCUUUCUAAAAAAUCACUUUUAUCGCGAAGGUCGUCUUAGCGAGGAGCAGGCGAUAUGGAUUAUAGAUAGGGGAACAGAGCUACUCCGUGCUGAGCCUAAUGUCCUUCAGGUCGAUGCCCCAAUCACAGUUUGCGGAGAUAUCCACGGCCAAUAUUAUGACCUGAUGAAACUUUUUGAAGUCGGUGGGAGUCCUGCCGAUACACGUUAUCUCUUCCUCGGAGACUAUGUUGAUCGAGGAUAUUUCAGCAUCGAAUGUGUGCUUUAUCUCUGGUCCCUCAAAAUAUGGUACCCUGACACCCUUUUCCUUCUCCGCGGUAAUCACGAGUGCAGACACUUGACCGACUACUUCACAUUUAAACUAGAAUGCAAACACAAGUACUCGGAGCGCAUCUAUGACGCAUGCAUGGAUUCUUUCUGUGCAUUGCCUCUCGCUGCCAUCAUGAACAAACAAUUUCUUUGCAUACAUGGCGGUUUGUCCCCUGAGCUCAAUACUCUAGAUGACAUUCGCGCGAUUGAUCGGUUCCGUGAACCGCCUACGCAUGGUUUAAUGUGUGAUAUUCUAUGGGCUGACCCUAUUGAACCUUUCGGACAAGAGACUAACAAUGAAAAUUUUGUGCAUAAUCACGUCAGAGGAUGCUCAUACUUCUUCACCUAUCAAGCUGCAUGUCAGUUUCUCGAGCGGAACAACCUACUUUCUAUCAUUCGUGCGCAUGAAGCACAAGAUGCUGGCUAUCGCAUGUAUCGGAAGACAAAAACAACAGGUUUCCCUUCCGUUAUGACUAUCUUCUCUGCUCCGAAUUACCUUGACGUGUACAACAACAAGGCUGCAGUUUUGAAGUAUGAGAGUAACGUGAUGAACAUCCGUCAAUUCAAUUGCACACCCCACCCGUACUGGCUCCCCAAUUUCAUGGAUGUCUUUACUUGGAGUUUACCUUUCGUAGGGGAGAAAAUUACCGAUAUGUUGGUCGCUGUAUUGAAUACAUGUACCAAAGAAGAACUUGAAGAGUCUGAAGAAGAGGUUGUUUCUCCCGUUUCUCAACCAGAGGACACUAUCGAGCGACGAAAGGUCAUCAAGAACAAGAUCCUCGCGGUGGGCCGCAUGGCCAGAGUGUUUGCUUUACUCCGUGAAGAGUCUGAGAAGGUCUCAGAGCUUAAGAGUGUAUCUGGCUCAAGCAAAUUACCUUAUGGAACCCUUGCCCUGGGCUCUGAGGGCAUCAAAGAUGCCAUCUCUGGAUUUGAGGAUGCACGGAAGUCAGAUAUCGAAAACGAACGGCUGCCUCCCGAUCUCUUCGACGCGGAAGAAGCUAAGGCCUACCUUGCACAGGCCCAGUCUCAAGACUCUAUCCCCGGUACGCCUUCAGAUGGUAACGACCCUCCUCUUUCUCCUGCAGGUCUCUCUGCGAGUAUCGAAUCAGCUUUGGCGAGUGGGGGAAUUUCAUCUUCGACGUCAGGCAGUGUUUCGCCUCUCACGCCGUCGUCACCCAUGUCGCCGACAUCACCGCCACGUACGCCAUUCAAGCCUAGACACGGACGACAGGCCAGUCUCGGCACGACGAUGACAAGCCCGAGUACCAGGAGAAGGAGUCUGGAAAGUACAAUAUCGAUGAUUCAGGAAGCCCUUGAUGGAAAGGACUCGGAAGCGCAUAACUAUGCGACCAACGGAGGAGGCUACAACGGGAACGGUGCAGGCUCGCAAAGCUGAGCUUGCAUAAACUGGUGACUUGCAGGGGAGAGUGAUGAUGUGUUUUAUUCUUAGUGUUUUUGUCUGUCUUCUCGAGUCUCGCGAUUUGUACUGUCCUCACUAUUUCUAUAUUCUUCGCUCAGUGGCAAGGUUGCGCUGGGAACGCUUGGAAUAAUCUUGUCACCAAGAGCUGUUCAAAUAUUUCGCAAAUAACGAAAAAGAACUUUAUAUCCAAGUUUUUAUAUCUUUAACGAGUUUGAUUUCAGAGGGUAGUGUUUGCAUUCAUUACAUAGGAUUAUUAAACG